AUGAACAUCAACAAGCAAAAACUGAGCAUCGAGGAGGGGCUGCUGAAGCAAGCGGGAUAUCGGGGUAGUGAGAUUGACGAGCUGAUCUCGCAAAGAUACUCCAUGGGAGGAACACAGAAACCGAUUUUGGUGUUGACGCCAAAUGAGGGCCAAACGGGAGUUGCAGAGGUAUGGAAGGCGCCUCAGGAGAUUGUCAAGACGCCGCGAACCAAAAAACAACGUCUGCUCAACGACCACAAACCACGGGUGGCCCUUUCGCAGUUUUUGAAGGACGCCAAAACUCAUCAAAAGACAAUCAAGGGUGUCAUGGAGAGAAUAUACCGGUCCAAAAGCUGUGAUACCACCGUGACAAAGAAGGAAAUGGAGUCGUGGCGUCAACUGCCAAAGUACUCAACCUACACAAGACUCAACAAGCUCUGGAAUGGGUACAUUACUGACUUGCUGAUGGUCAAGGAAGGAGACGACGACAUCAACUCGGCCAAGAAGAUGAACUACGCCCAGAAACUCACUUCGGCGGACUUCAACGGUGCCAAAAUCACAGUUAUUGAGGCCAGAAACCCCUCUAUCGUCGGUUUGACUGGUAUUGUGGCGUGGGAAGCGAAAUCAAAUUUCGUUAUUGUGUGUGAGGGAGGAAAGUGCUUUGAGAAGAUGGAUAGCCUGGAAGGAAUGGAGCUGGAUAACCCUGGUAAAGACACACAGGUAGGAGGACUCAAGAUUGUGGACAAGUCUGGAACUCGGUUCAUUGUGCAUGUUGAUGUGGGAGAAAUGGAAUUUGAGAUUAUCGGGUCUCGGUUCCUGUUUAGAACCGCAGACAGAUCAGGUAAGAAGUUCAAGCCCAAGAAUGUUGAUCUUUUAAUCUCGUAUGCAACAUAA